CUUCUUAUCUUAAUGUGUUUCAUGUUUCCCAUUAAAAAGAUUUUGGAUGAUCUUUUUUUGAAUUUUUUUUUGGAAGAUCUUUAAUCGUAUUAUAAUAAUUUAGUAUAUCUUCCAUAACUGAUUUAAGAGUAUUACUCCCCCAUUAUUCGUUCUUAAUCGUUCCGAAACAAUUAAGCUCCUCUCUGCUCUUUCUUCCAGGUUUUGCUUCCCUCGUCUCUCUUAUCAUUCGUUUAGUUGAUAGACAAACACUUUUUCGUGUUUUAACUUCUUAGUCCUAACCUUUUUAAGUUUGAAGGAGACAAAACACUCCAGGGAAAUGUCUGAGAUUACUAAAGAAGAUUCUGCAAACCCUUCUGAAUUAUAUGGGACAUAUACAUGGAAGAUUGGAAAAUUUUCAGAAAUAUGUAAGAAAGAGAUCCGUAGCAAUGUUUUUGAAAUUGGCGGCCAUCAGUGGUAUAUUGUAUUCUAUCCACAAGGGUGUGAAAUAUGCAACCAUCUCUCUGUGUUUCUCUGUGCUGCAAACCAUCAGAAACUUCUUCCAGGUUGGAAUCAUUUUGCUUUGUUUACGGUAUCGUUGAUGAAUAACCAUCCAAAUAAAUCGAAGCAUUCAGAUACAUUACACAAGUUUUAUAAGAGAGAGCAUGAUUGGGGAUGGAAAAAGUUUAUAGAGUUACCUAGAUUACUGGAUGGUUUCAUAGACGACUCUGGCUCUCUUAUAAUUAAGGCUCAAGUACAGGUCAUUAGAAAGAGUGUGAAUGGACCUUUUCCCUGCCUUGAUAGUCAGUACAGAAAGGAACUUCUUAGGGUUUAUUUUACAGUUGUAAAGCAGAUUUUUUUGAGGUUUAUGAAAGAAAAACGAAACAAGUUGAUGGAGGACAAGACAAGAUGGACAAGCUUAUGCGCAUUCUGGUUAGGGAUGGACCAAAAACCAAGGCGAGCGAUGUCUCGAGAGAAAAUGGAUGUGAUUCAGAAACUAGCUGUGAAGCACUUUUUCAUCAACAAAAACGUUACAUCCCCUUUGGUGAUGGAUUUCUUGUUUAAGGGGUUAAAUUCUCUUGUUUUGGAUACCAACAAGGAAAAAAUAAUACUCACAAUCUCAAAACAAAUUGUGAGGCUCCUCAAGGAUGAUUCGGAUGCUUCGGAAAAUACAUUGAAGACUCUUGAAGACGAGCCUAAGAAAGAGAUAGCAUUUGCUGCCAAAGAAUUGGCAGUUCCCAUUGUUAGUGUGGACAAUGAUAUGUUUGUUUUAGCUGAUGAUGCGAUGUUACUCCUGGAGAAAGCUGUUCUUGAGCCAUUUCCAGAUGAAAGGGUUCCUCCAAACCGUAUUGAGGUUGAUUAUGACGAAGAGAGUGAUGAUGAGAAGCUGUUAACUGAAUAUGCUAGACACACUCUGGAGGUAUUUGUUCUUGAUCAUAUCUUCUGCAACAAAAUUGAAAUUGCAUAUAAAGAAGCCAGUGAACUGAAAAUGCAUGAGGAGCUUAUUCGUGAAGAAGAUCUGAAGAAGAGAAGAGUAAAUUCAACUAAAAGUUCGUGAAGAAUAAGAAGUUUUUGCUUUGUUGGAAAAACUAAGUCUACUAAAUUUAUUUUAGUGUCUGAUUUCUAUAAUCCCUUUUUAACAAAUAACAUCGUUCUGAUUUUAGUCUUUCUCUAUAUAUAAGCAAAGAUACGAUAAAAUAUGCUGGUUCUUGCUCAA